ACGCCGCCACCUGCCGGCCACUCUCGGAACUACAGGUUUCACAAAGGAAGCGGAAGUCGGCUGGAACGCAUAAUCCCUGGGUGGAAAACGGAUGUGAUGCACCGGGACUUCCGGUCCAGCCAGAAGCAAUGGAAACCCGAGUGGAAACGUGGAAAUGAGUCGGGUUCCGGGCUGGUCCACCAAAAAAAAUCACACAAUGGAUUACACAACUGUCCGAAUUAAAGAAGAAUCAUUCUCGGAUGAAGAACAUUUUGCUAUCGAAAUCAAGGAGGAGCCACUCUCAAGUGAUGAAGAACAAAAUCCGCACUCUGUUCCUCCCACUCUCCGCACUCAUAUCAAAGAGAAUCCACCCUCGAGUGAUGAAGAACAUAACCUGGACUCUGUUCCUCCCACUCACAGAUCUCGUAUCAAAGAGGAUGCUCUCCCAAGUGAUGACGAACAUCACCCAAAGUCUGACCCUUCCAUCAAAGAGGAACCUCUCUCUGAUGACGAUAUCAAAGACGUUUCUGUAUCUGAGAAAUACUCCCAGUGUAUGUCUUUAAUUGUGAAAGAGGAGUCGAGCGAGGAAGACGUUCUUUGUGAAGAAGAGCAGACACCGGAACAACUGCAAGACAAACCGUUCUGUUGCUCUCAGUGUGGAGAGUGUUUCAUAGAUCACUCGAUGCUUGUCAGCCAUCAGCAAAUUCACACAGGGGAGAAGCCCUAUGCCUGCUCGGAGUGUGGGAAGUGUUUUACUGCCCGCGCGACAGUGAAAGUUCACCAGCGUCUUCACACGGGAGAGAAGCCCUAUACGUGCUCCGAAUGCGAAAAGGCCUUCACAUUUAAAAGCGUCCGAGAUGCACACUUUAGGACACACACUGGCGACAAACCUUUCCCCUGCCCCGAUUGUGGUAAACGCUUUACCGUCCGAUCGACUCUUAAUAUGCACCGAAAAGUCCAUGAGGAGAGCGGGCUGUAUUCGUGUUCCGAAUGUGGGAAAAGCUUCACCAGGAAUUCCACGCUUAAGGCCCACGAGGUUGUCCACACAGGGUUCAAGGAUCACACCUGCCCAGAGUGCAAGAAAUGCUUCAGCUCAGAGUCGUCGCUCAAGCAGCACAAGAAGGUCCAUGUUGGGUUGAAACCGCAUGCCUGCCCCGAUUGUGGCAGAUGCUUUGGUCUGAAAACAAGUCUGGUGACACACCAGAGGAUCCACUCUGGAGAGAGGCCGUAUACUUGUACCGAGUGCGGAAAGAGCUUCAGCCACAGCUCCAGCCUGGUGACGCAUAAGAGGAUUCACAGCGGGGAAAGACCGUACGUUUGCUUGCAGUGUGGCAAAGGCUUUACCAGUCUCUCCGAACGCGUUGUGCAUGAGAGAACACACACCGGGGAGAAGCCCUAUUCCUGCCCCGAAUGUGGGAAGAGUUUUGUCAGCAUUUCAGAGUGUAACCGCCACCGGAAGAUCCACGCAGACCAAAAGCCCUUCACUUGUUCCUAUUGCGACAAGCCUUUCAUCCGAAAACCCGAUUUUGUCAAGCACCUUCGGAUUCACACGGGAGAGAAACCGUUUGGCUGCUCUGCCUGUGGCAAGUAUUUCCGUAGCGUCCCAGAACUCACAAAGCACCAGCGGUAUCACACCGGAGAUAAGCGGUAUCCGUGCAAAGACUGCGGGAAAUGGUUCUUCACUAGGUCGCAUCUGGUCAAACAUGAGAAGAUUCAUAUCAGGGAGCAACAAGCCGAAUGACUUCAUCUGUGCUGCGGCCCAAACUACGGAUUUCAGAUAGUGGGAAAUAGAUGACUAUAGAUGAGUAAAUACAUUUUGAAGUCUGCUAGGGAUUGGACUGUUCUAAUAGAUUUCAACCAAGACUUGAGUCUUCCUAGCCUGACUUCCAAGACCCUCCUAACUACAGGGUGGGACUUUAAAUGAGGCGCCUCCAUCCCUAA